AUGGACCCAGUCAUUGACAAUGAAUGGCUUGGAUGCAAGAAUGAACCAAUUGAUGACAUGCAGUAUGUGGGCAAUGUUGCUCGAAGCUGGCAGUGGAGGGAGCGAGGCAUCAACCCUCCCCAUUAUCCCAACAACAAGACUGUACUUGAAAAUGUUGCUGAAGACAUUCUUGUGCAGAAAUCUCUUGAAAUAAGAAGCUGUGAUCUGCCUGGAUAUCCAAGAUCUACAUUUUUAAUGGUUUUCAGUCCGGAUGGAACCAAAGUAGCUUCAACCCAUGGGAACCACAAUGUGUAUGUAACUGAGCUGGCCAGUGGCAAGCAUGUACGCAUUCUCAAAGGGCACCCGAGAACACCAUGGUGCAUUGCCUUCCAUCCUUCACACCCGUUACUAAUUGGUUCUGGCUGUCUUGGUGGCCAAGUUAGAGUGUGGGAUAUUGCCAGUGGUGGCAGUGAAGUAUGGCAUGUUCGCAACGAAACUGUGAUUGCUUCUAUAGCAUUUCACCCUCGUGAGCAACUUUUAGUUAUAGCAACCCACAAUGAACUUUAUUUUUGGGAUUGGAGCCAGCCUGCCCCCUUCACCAAAGUUUCCACAAAUAAUAUAAAUGAAAAAGUGAGAUAUGUGGCCUUUGAUGCUCUGGGUUAUAAGCUCAUUACUGGCAUAUCACUAUGGGCUUGUCCGGGUGGUACCACAAAUAGCUCACUACUACAACAAAAUCCUACAAUGGGACCAAACAGCCAAAACAACAACUCGAGAAGAGAUGAUUCCGACGAUGGUCCUGGAGGCAGCCGAUCACAGGAGAUCUCUGGCUCCGGUUCAGCACAAGAUAUGAUUGUGAACUCUUACCAGCACUUAGUUCAAAGAUAUGACAGUUUGGUGAGGAACUAUCAGAGGCUAUUUAUGGUGCGACAUCGACUGACUAAUACGCCACCACCUCCAAACACGAUUGACCGCGGCACUGAUCCCAUGGAGACAGAUGUUUCUGCAACCGCGAGUACUUCUGGUUGGACUAGGACACCACGAACAUCCACGCCUCCUGCGACACAAGAUGAAGUUUCAGCAACUCCUACGCCUAGUACUUCAUCAGCAUCUAGUCGUCAAGAUCCUAUUGAUAAUGGUGAUAGUGAAAGUAGCAGCAGCCGUUUACUAAACUUAGAUGUUUUGUCUAUUGAUAGCAAUCCAUCAAGAAAUCAAAAUUGGUCUUCUCAGGAACGUUCGCUAUUUGGCUCACGUUCCUCAGCCUUUCAACCAUUAUUGGGACCGGAACGAAGCUUUAGAACGGUUGAUCAAAAUGAGCGCACUAGGUUGCUGCCAAACCCUUUUUCAUCUGCAAAUGGAACCCCUAGGCCAACCAGAGUUACAUUCUCAGAAAAUGCACCAUCUUCUAAUAAUACAGCAAAUACCUCGCGCACUAGUAUAUUUACUUCGUCCCGAGGGCCACCUCUGGGGCGAGAAAUCUUCAUACCGCAAAGAAACUAUCCCCCACUACAACACGACAAUGACCCCUUAUUGUCUUCCACUAGCAGUAGCAUACCGCUUUUACCGCGGCGUACAUUUUUAUCUAAUACAUCUCCUGAGAGUACGCCAUCCACAUCUGGUAAUUUCACGCAGAGACCAACAAUGACAAAUUCAUCUACACAAAUGAGUCCUGUGACACCGCCAGUAGAUGCUCAAACUAUUAACGAAAGCCUAGAUUUAAUACGUGAUAUUCUGAGAGAUUCUGGCACAAGACUGUUAAACCUGAUUACUAACAUGUCUUUGUCCACAUUAGCCAGUGUAGAGCGUAGUAUCCCAAGACGAGGUUCAGGCUCGCGUGCCCACUCUGAAGAUAGCGCAGGCAGUGGUAGAGUACGCGGAGUAAGACCACCAGUUGGACUGUUUGGUUCUUAUUGGCACCGGAAUUUUCUAACAUCUAGUUCAGAUUCUGAUAGUGAUCAGUCCCCUGAAGUUAAUAUUUUCAGGACAAGAAAUACGACCUUUCGAGAAGAAGAAUCUAGAACUAAUGAGCGGGCCUCUGCAUCGACUUCUUCUGAAAGACUGGCGCAUCCUACUGACAGAAUGGUAUUUGAAUUAAAUGAAGAGUCACAGAACGGUGAACCAUCAGGAGGACAGGGUGGGAUAAAUGUAUCGUUGUCAAAUGAUAGGUUUCGUGUUCGAACGCAAAGUGAUACGAUUGUAGAAACUGAAGCCAGAAGGCCCACAGACGAAGGUACUACGGAACUUCCUGAUCCGAAUGCACCUGACAUAAAUGGUAAUAGACCAUCCACAAGUAGGGACUAUUUUUGGUCCAGUGGUAGUUUAUUACCACCUGAUGAAGCUUACAGAAAGGUAAGAAGUGGCGUAAAUGCAUUACAAAAACAUACAGGACAACUGACGAAUCUUUGGCUGCGCGGCAACCGCACGACCAUGAGAGAAUUACGGACAAUGUGGGAAAAUUUACGCCGACGAAUACUAACGUUACACAGAGAAACUGGAAGACAUGCUCCAAGUCACUUCACUAGACCCCUUUUAGAUAGAUGUAUGAUGUUGACUGAUUUGACCGACGGUUUACCUCGUAGUACCAGAAAUCCUAGAACUAAUCCAAGACCCGAAGAUUGUGGCAGGUUUUUAGCUAGUGGACGUACUACCGGUUCCAAUUCUAAUAAUGCGAGCACUACGAGAGAAGGUGCGCUUAAUAGUUCUGCUGAAAACAUACUCGAGAACAGACCAGCACAGGUGGGUAGAUCUCAAGUAAGAUCUUCCCCGAAUAUCCGACCAUCUCCAUCCUUUAGAAGAAGACUGCAGUCAAACUACCGUUGGCGUCCAGAGGAUGAGGUUAGGAGGCGAUCGCGAAAUGUAACAGCCAACCGCUUAGCUCCUCGCCGAUCUCGAAGGGAUUUUGCACGUGCAAUUGAGAUUAGUGCCACUAGACAUGAAAUACGCAUGAGAGCUAUGCAAGUGCUUUCGGUAAUGUUUAAUAUGAUGAUGAUGUGUCUCGAAGAACGAGGUUUAAGUCAGCUGAUCAUCACUAUGUUACGAACAUUAAAAAGGGCCUUGGCAUUGACAUGCCUUAUAGUAAUGUCCAAUAGAAAUAGUGGGAGAAAUAUUAACAAUCAAGCUCCCACACCACAGCAAGUACAAUCAUCAAAUGUUGUUCGUAUUCAAAAUGUUGACCAUAAUGUUGACGUAAAUGUCGAUGGUCCUGACGAAAUUGUUGCUCCUAGUAAUGCGUCACCUGAUAACGUACUACAAACUACUGGACCUCCUGAUAAUACUCAACCUGGUGAUACAUUCACUAGUAAUUCCACACCCAUUAGUACACCACCUAGCAAUACACAAGAAAAUAAUGCACCACCUAAUGACACAACGCCUAACAAUGUACCAUCAAUACCAGAACCGGAUUUAGAACCAUCAUCAAACAAUAAUACUGACGAUAAAUCUCCAAAACCUUCGACUUCUAAAUCUGAACCGGUUACAAAGAAUGACAAUAAUAAACAAGAACAAGACGAACCAUCACCCUCCUCCUCUACUUCUCGUAGUAUUGUUUCUCAAAGAUGGAGCAAUCGAUUAGCAGUACAAAUUGCCGCCGCUAAUAGGAAUAAUUCUGCUACAGCCAGGUAUAGAAGGGACUUAUACUUAGAAAUAAGGCGUCAGAAAGCAUUACAUAGGACAAAUCCUUUAGCUAAUCCAUUUAUAAGAAGGAGAGUUUUACCUCCAGUGUCUAAUAGUAGAAUUCCGGUACUCCGGUGUUUGCCAACCAAAACACCUGUGCCAAGAUUCAGGAAUCCGAGAGUAGAAACACGAAGCAACGAACCGGUUGCUGGUCCAUCUAACGCUCUACCCAACAAUCCUAACCUCGAAUCACCUGGUGAAGUCAUGAACGAGUUUGAGCAUAGAGUCAACUUCAUACGAAUAGCUCACAUGCAAGCCGUCAGACUGCGUAAUGCUGCUCGAAACAGAUUUAGACGCCUGCAGACAAUACGUCUUUACACGCCGUCUUCAGUUCGAGAAAUGUUCGCUCUUCAAACCAAUAAUGGUGACAGUCCCCCGGAAAAUCGUUCACCAGGGCAGAGCACUCCAGAGAGUAACCGACACCCGCUGGCAAUGUUCCGCCCGCACAUUCUCACGCCGCGCGGAGAUGGCAGCAGUCGAGAGGACCCAGGCCAGUUUCAUACAGUACUCAACAAUGUGGCCAUGCCGCUCAUGCAAAUGCAAAAUGAUCAGUCACCCUCUAGCUCCGAUACCCAAGGCGCGCAGCCACAACGGCUGCCCAGAAUACAUGAGUAUCUUCAACCCAUCAUUUUAGCCCAGAACGCUAUGGUAGUCGAUGACGAAGGUGGCAGUGGAGAGGGCGGCGGUGGAGGAGGAAAUGGCGGCGGCGGAGGAGCCACGGGGCCGCGCCGCAUGAGCGGCAUGGCGGGGUUGCUGGACGCUGGCAUUAUUUCCGAGGCGCUGCCCGCACCCUCCCACCGAGUGCAGGCCUGGGACUUCACUACGGGAAAAACACCUGAGAUCUCUGAUAGUACAAAAAAUGUCGUAGUGCAACGAUGCAGGAUUCACAAUGACGCUAGUAUUGAUAUCUCUAAGGAUGGCAGACUCCUGGUGGCCCUACUCCCAGUGCCAAGAUUAAGGAACACCAACCAUUGGUUAGGUGUUUAUUCACUGGAGUGGGCCCGAUUAGGACAAUGUUUGCACACGGCAGUUCUAGAACAAAGUGCUGUGUCAGUAGCGUUAUCACCCACUGCCCGCCAUCUCGCCGUGGGCCUCGGCUCGCGACGGUUCACAACUGCACCACACGGUAGAAACAACGUCUUCGCUCUGCUGUAUAGACUAGAACCACUAGAAAGUUCAAGUCGUACAGGGCUGUCACCGAUAAAGGAAUUGGAACAGAAUUGGGAACAUGGUUUUACCAGCCUAAACUGUUUGCGUUGGGCUCCUCAACCUGGUCAAGGUCUUGUGUAUGCCAAUAAUACCGGACAGCUUAUAAUCAUGAGCUAA